CGUUGUAAAGUACGGAUCUCUCUUUUAUAUAUUUAUAUAUAAAAUAUAUAUUAUCGUAUUAUAUAUUAUCAAACAUAAAACGCGGUGAUAUAGCGUGUAUUUUAAAAAAUAAAAAAUAAAAUAAAUUAAAACAACACACAUUUUCGCGAUCCAACAGAUCGAAAACAAAAGAUAUUUGUUUGAGUUUUGUUUUGUUUUUUUUAAAAUUAACGCGACAAAUUUUCGAAUAGAAUCGAUCAACCUACCUACUUCGAAAGGUUGGUUCCAGUUGCAUCCCAAAUUUUCUAAAGAACGAAUAGAAAAGCCAGAAGUGGUAGUAGUUGGUGGGGGCGGCGGCGGGGGGGAAGUAGGUAGAUAGGUUCAGAGAGAAAAAAAAGAGAAGAAGGAAGAAGUCACAAGUUAAAAAGAAAAAAGAAAGUGGGGAUAAAAAGCCUGUGAAUGUACGCCGAAAAAAUGAUGCACGCCAUGAGCGAGCACGCUGGCGGUGCGACCGGUCUCGGAGUUGGUGUUUUACCAUUCGAUGCAAUGGCUCUUUACGAACAACCAAGACCUCGUUAUACAUUAAAAAUGCCACGCGUUGUACCAGAUCAGAAGGCCAAGUUCGAAAGCGACGAACUAUUUCGAAGACUCAGUCGUGAAAGCGAGGUAAGGUAUACCGGAUAUCGCGAUAGGCCGAUGGAAGAACGUCAAGUGCGUUUUCAAAAUAGUUGCCGUGAAGGCCAAGUCGACAUAGCAUUCGCAGCAACCGGAACUAAUCUACAAAUUGUUUUUGGUAAUGCUUGUGGUAAUUACCCUCCCGAUAGAAGAGAGGAUUGUGACUUUGAUAAGGAACACGGCAAG